AUGGGCAAGGGCACAGACAAAUUAUACAUCACCCACUCGGAGUGGAGUUCUUCCGAUGCCUUCUCAGCCAGCGUUGGAGCUGGUGCUGGAUCACGAGCGCAGCGCGGCGCCGGCGCAAACUUCAGACGCCUCCCUUUCAACUUCUGCGCCGCAAGCUUACAACCUUUCAAGAACCCCGUGUGUACGCCUGAUGGGACAAUAUUUGAUGUCGAGGUCAUAAGUGCAUGGCUCGACAAACACGACACCAAUCCUGUGAACGGCAACCCUCUCGACGGCAAGGACUUGAUCAAAUUGAACUUUGCGCGGAACGCAGAUGCCGAAGCAGACCCUAACGCCGGGCCUACAGAUGGCAAGGGAGAUUUGAUUGAUCCCGUCACCUUUAAAGUUUUCACCGACAACACGCACAUCGUAGCGAUUCGCCAUGGCACUUACGCCAACGUCUUUGCAUGGGAGACCAUCCAGCAGAUGAACAUCAAACAGAAGAAUUGGCAUGAUUUGGUGGACGACAAGGAAUUCGGUAGAAAAGACAUCAUCACGCUACAAGAUCCCCAAAACGCAGCAUCCAGGAACCUGAGCGAAUUCCAAUAUUUGAAGGACGGUGGUGAUGUCCUUCUCACUCCCGAACAGGUAGAGGAGAGGAAAUCGGGCAGCGUCAACGUCGAUGCCUUGGGCCGCAUCGGUGAUAAGGUCCUGCGGGCGAAGGAGGCGGUCGAGAAAGCAAGGCGAGAGAGGGAGGCUACUGGCGAUGUCAACCGGUCUUCCAAGGCAUUGCAGAAGUCUUCUAUUACCAAUGGGUUCAGGAAGCCAGCCAUUCAGGAGAAGAAGCUGGCUCACAACGCUGCGACAUACACAACGGGAAGGGCCGCCGCAAGCUUCACAAGCACUGGACUCACGCCAGAGACAAGCGGAGAGCGCGCUACCCUGACCCAGGAUGAAUGGAUGCUGAAGCCAAAAAGGGUCAAGAUGAAGGGCUAUGCCAGGGUGGAAACCAGCCUGGGCGACGUCACCAUCGAGUUACAAACGGAGACAGCCCCGAAAGCCGUAUGGAAUUUUGUGAAACUGAGCCAGAAGGGUUACUACCGUGGCACGAUCUUCCAUCGAAAUAUCAAAAACUUCAUGAUUCAGGGCGGUGACCCGACGGGAAGCGGAAAGGGUGGCCAGAGCAUAUGGGGGAAAAACUUUCAGGACGAAUUCGACGGGCCCCUCACGCACAGUACACGUGGAAUCGUGUCAAUGGCGAACAAGGGAAAGAAUACAAAUUCUUCGCAGUUCUUUAUUACCUACAAGCCGGCCAAACACCUCGAUCGCAAGCACACGAUCUUCGGUAAAGUUGUGGAUGGACUCGAUGUCCUGGAUGCUCUGGAGAUGGCGCCAGUGGACGAGGGCAACCGUCCCCUUGAAGACAUUGUCAUCAAAGACAUUGUCAUUUUCCUGGAUCCAUUCGAAGAGUUCCUGAAGGAGAAGGAUCAACAAGAAAAGGCAGAAGCUCAGAAGGCCGAAAUCCAGCGGCAGGGUGGAACAGAUGACGACAAGACGACGUGGACGGGGAAGCGCAUCAGAGGAGACGGCACCAUCGAGCAGUCUGGCAGCGGGGUUGGCAAGUACUUGAAGACGGCAAUGAGCUCCGAAUCCGGAGCUGCGGCGGUUGACGACGAGCAGUUGGUCGAAGACUGGGAGCCGUCAAGGAAGAAAGUCAAGACAGGAGGUUUCGGGAACUUUGACAAUUGGUGA